GGCUGACAACUGACCAGUGCUCUGUUGUUCAGUACAAAUUGAAGGGGUACCGCAUUGAGAACAAGUUACAGAUAGAAUAUCAAUAAUCGGGUCCAAUAUACCCAGAACUACUGGUAAUAUUUCGGACGGAUGAAUGCAGAACAGCUUCGAGUGUCCGGAGGUUUGUUUUGAAGUAAACUAUGCUAGCACUGCUAGCUAACUAGCCAGCGUCUUGUCGCCUCCUCUUCACAGGUUUCUGCUGUUGAGUCUGCCAGGCUUGUGCUAGAGGCAGCGAGGCCAGCAAAUUAAUGCCAUCAGCCAGGAACUCAGGUCAUAUUAUGAGCGGGGCCAGUUGCAAAGCUAACGGCGCCGUCUACCCUGCCUCAUCAGCAAUGAUGAACUCUGUAAAAAAGCCGAAGAUGGAGCAGAUUCAGGCCGACCAUGAGCUGUUCCUACAGGCCUUUGAAAAACCAACUCAGAUAUACAGAUUUCUACGCACAAGGAAUUUGAUUGCACCCAUAUUUUUGCACAGGACACUCACCUUCAUGUCUCACAGAAAUGGUCGAACAAAUGCCAGAAGGAAAACAUUCAAAGUGGAUGAUAUGCUGCAGACAGUGGUGAAGAUGAAGGGGGAGCAGGAUUCUCCAAGCUUGUCCUCACAUCUACAGUUAACAUUCACUGGGUUCUUCCAUAAGGAUGAAAAGCCAUCUCAGAAUUCAGAAAAUGAACAAAAUUCUGUGUCCUUAGAGGUGCUACUUGUCAAAGUCUGCCAUAAAAAACGCAAGGAUGUCAGCUGCCCGAUAAAGCAAGUGCCUACAGGUAAAAAGCAGGUGCCUUUGAAUCCCGACAGUAACCAAACCAAGCCCGGCUCCUACCCUUCCUUACUGGUUCCCAGCAAUGAAUUUGAGCCCAGCAACAGCCACAUGGUGAAGUCCUACUCGCUUCUAUUCAGGGUAUCGCGCACAGGGAGAAGGGAUGCCAGUGGUCUAGUGAAUGGAGAGGCCAAUGAAAACAUUGAUGUAACAGAUACUCCUACUAGAAAGAAGCGAAGUUCAUCCCAUAGAGAUGAAGGAGAGGCCACAGAGACCUAUGUUGCACAGAUGACUGUCUUUGAUAAGAAUAGGAGACUGCAGCUGCUGGAUGGGGAGUACGAGGUGUCAAUGCAAGGGAUGGACGACAGCCCUGUGAGCAAGAAGCGAGCCACAUGGGAAACCAUUCUUGAUGGGAAGAGACUGCCACCAUUUGAGACAUUUUCUCAGGGACCCACAUUGCAGUUCACGCUGCGUUGGACAGGUGAUGGCAGUGGAAAGUCUACUGCUCCUGUGGCUAAACCCCUCUCUACCCGCAACUCAGAUAGCUCCAGCCCUAUGGAGACCAGAACCAGCAACCACCGAACUGCCCUCAUGACAGUGAAAGAGUCAGUCAGCACAGACAUUCAGACGAAGAAAGAGCAGGUCCCAUGUGAGCCGCGACAGAAGCUACGUAUAUUUUAUCAGUUUCUGUACAACAAUAAUACGCGGCAGCAGACGGAGGCAAGAGAUGAUCUUCACUGUCCCUGGUGUACCCUGAACUGCAGCAAACUCUACAGCCUGCUCAAACACCUCAAACUCUCCCACUCCCGCUUUAUCUUCAACUAUGUGCCUCACCCUAAAGGAGCAAGGAUAGACGUUUCCAUCAAUGAGUGCUAUGACGGCUCAUACGUUGGCAACCCUCAGGACAUUCACAGCCAGCCAGGUUUUGCUUUUAGCCGCAAUGGCCCAGUCAAGAGGACCGCUGUGACUCACAUACUGGUUUCCAGGCCCAAGAGGACCAAACCAAGUCUUUCAGAGUUCCUGGAGUCUGAGGACGGAGAACUGGAGCAGCAGAGGACCUACGUCAGUGGACAUAACCGCCUCUAUUUCCACAGUGAUAGCUGCAUGCCCCUGCGGCCUCAGGAAAUGGAUGUAGACAGCGAGGAUGAAAGGGAUCCAGAGUGGCUCAGAGAGAAAACUGCCACGCAACUGGAUGAGUUCACGGACGUUAAUGAAGGAGAGAAGGAGGUGAUGAAGCUGUGGAACCUGCACGUCAUGAAACAUGGCUUCAUUGCAGACAACCAGAUGAAUCAGGCCAUCAUGCUUUUCGUGGAGAAUCGCGGCGCUCACAUCAUCCGCCGCAACCUCUGCCGCAACUUCCUCUUGCAUCUAGUCAGCAUGCACGACUUCAACCUGGUAAGCACAUCCACCAUCGACCGUGCGAUGGCCCGACUGCGGCAGAUACAAGAAGAGCUGCCGGAAGUUGAGGUGGACCAGCAGGAUCAGAAUCCAGCAGGAGCCUGUAAUGGAAAUGCCGUCACCCCAAGUGGGGGAAAGCAGGGCAAGAGGACAAAAAGCGCUCUAACAGACUGAUGUAAAGCUGGCUGGAGGGAACUAUGAUUGUUGUAUUUUUCUGUAUUUUUAUUUUUUAUUUCCCCCCCUCCCCUGCUCCCUUAAAUGGACUUUACCGACCUUUUGGUGCUUAGAUAGGUGAGAGAACUGAGCAGCAGAUGAACUGACUGGACACAGAUCAGUAUACAAGGUAAACAAGUUUUUGGAACUUGAACUGAACCAAAUAUGAACAAUAUAAAAGUGAAUCGCCCAUUUCUACACAAACUAGGAAUUUGUGGACUGAAUGAUGCAAGUUGAACCUACUUAAUAUGCAUUUUGUAGGAGCCAUUGAAUUAUCCUUGUGUCACUGAGAGUAAAUGAAUGGAGUGUCUUCUACUGUGGCACGACUGCCUUUGGUAUGAUAGACAGCUAUAUCAAGGCUACAGUUAAAACUGUACUGGUAACAUUUUCACUGUUUAUUUGUACACGUACACAAUAACCUUGAUUAAAAAUGUAUCCUUUUUAGAUGGUUAUUUUAGCACUUGGUGUUUGUAUUUAGAAGGCUUACCUUGAAAUUGUCAUUUGGAAAGGAAAAAUGUAAUCAUGCUACGUCAGCACUUGAAUGCAGCUUUUUCAUGAUCGUCUGUGGAGGGCUGGAUUCGCUGCUGUGGAUGACAUGUCAAAUGAAGGGCGAUACAGUUAAAAUAUUAGGAAACUGGAGAGGAUUGUGGGGUUUCCUGACAAGGUUGUCAGUGUUGUACCGUAAGCAUGGAUCCUGGACUACAGAAUAAAGUAAGAUUUCAGUCCAGGCUAAAAAACAAAACAAAAAUUACAUUUCAUCAUAUGUUUGACAUUGAUGAUGGUUCAAGGAAAGCCAAGGAAAUCAAGUUUUCUGAGUAUUUUGUUUGUGGACAACCAGCAGCACAUCACUCCGUGUGCCGUGCAAAGCAUCAGAGAAAUGAAUGUCGGCUGUUUUCUGAUGUAGGCGCCUGCAGUUUGUUUUUUUUUGUUUUUUUUCCCCCACUUCAAGCUCUGAAAACAUUGGAGACAACAUUAUUUUAAUUUUAUAUUUUUAAACGUGGGUUACAAGUAGCUGACAGAAAUGUGUAUAGUGUAAUCACAUCAAAUGUUUAGCUGUGCCCCGUUUCGCAUCUAGUAAAGAACAGGUUGCAGUUGUCAUUUCAAAGCAAUAUGUUGUUUGGAGGGUUUUUCAGGUCCAAAUAAGAUGUGUUCUUUUAGUUUCAGUUGAUGCCAAAGGGGAAUAUUUUCAUCAUUCUCUUAGUUCUGUAAAUUUUUUUAAAGUAUGUAUAAUUUUUUUUCUUCAUAACACUUUUUUGAGAAAAAAAAAAAGCAGUAGUUGUGUUUAGUAGUGUGCACAUAAAUUGGUGAACAUCACCAUUCAGUUUCAGAAUUCCUUUGUGGACAACCAGAUUAACAGUAUAUUCCUCCCUCUGGCCUCCGUUAUCCGUGGAGGCUUUCUGUGUCCAUCUGGAAAACAAAAACGUUGUUGUCAAAACACCCUGUGGAAAAUUGUGACGUAUACACUCUGGAUAAGGGGAUUUUUAUAUUUAAAGAAAUAAAACACAUUUGUCCUUA